AUGUCGCACAUCACAGAGCAUCCUUCGCGUGCGAAGAGAAGAAAACUGGACGAUCCUAAAACUGCAGAGAAACAGCAUGUCACAUCAAAUAUCACAUCGGCUGCCCAGCUGCGCGAAUUGUUGGCCGUUCAGCAAAAUGCCCCAUUGGCAAAGCAAGGAAUCAUCAAGUUCAAAGAGUUCCUAGUGUCAAUCGCACACACAGAAACAGACGGCGACAAAGCGCAGAAAUUGCGUGUCCUUAAAGAUUAUUGCGAUAAACAGAUUACCAAUUCUGGGAAGGAGGAUGAGACCUCAGUCUGCUUUCCGGACUUGAUUCAGUCUUGGGCAUUUGGCGAUGGCAACAACAAUGAGCCUCUAUUGACAAGUGUGCCUUCCGUUCUUGCAAUCUUCCUUAAGACGAUCUCGUCGGAACUGGAAUUCCGGGAAUUCGGAAUCGCGCUGUGCAAGCAUCUGCUACAGAAAGAUCAGCUGAGAUUGUUUAAUCGCGGUCUGACGGCAACAAAGUCCAAAGAGCACCUGAUCUCGCCAUGUUUGCGUCUGCUCACGGAGAUCGUCACCUUUGAUGGAGGCGCGGUGGCACGACAGCUGUAUCUCCGACGCUAUAUUACCUUUAAGCGGCUUGAGGUCUUUUUGAUUCCCAACAAAGCACAGGAGGCAUCAGAAGAUGACUCCCACAAAUCGACACUCAGACGAAAUGCCCAGCGAUACCUGCUAGCGAACCUGAGGGUCCAGCAUGCUUCUGAGAAGGGUGAUAUCAUCGAACAGCACAAGAUCACUAGGUCUUUCCUCGAAUAUAUCCGGAAGGACCCACGCGAGACUGUACUAGAAAUUAUCAAGGCCAUCGAAAGGGACGUGGUACAAGAUGCUGCUCUAUCCCGCAAAUCGAAGAGCAAGUUCUUCAACCGACACAAUCUUGAACGACUGGUGACGCUUUACGGCUACGAUCGUGAAUCAGAUGAACCUAAUGCUAGCGGUGUCAUCAUUGCUAACGAGAUUCAUCGAGUUAUGAUGAAUGUCUGCACGACUCCCGGACUCGGGGUCCUUUUGCCCGAGGCAGGUUGGUAUCCAGCCGGAAGCGACCCCGAGACUCUCACUGCUGAUGACGAUGCCUGCAUUGAAUUGGGCCUUGAUUCACCCAUCUAUAUCGACAAGUUCCGAGACUCUAUCCCCGUCAGGAAUGGUUCUCUAUCUUUCCUCAUCCAGUGCCUUCGACCUGACGUAGAUAGUCUUCAGAUUGAAUUACUGGUCUCAAUUUUCAAGGUGGCACCAGAGCUCAUUGCGGACUUCUUCACAAGGAAGACCAUGUUCAUCUCAGAUCCCAAGGCUACCCCUUCAUGGAUGGCAGAGUCAGCUUUCCUCUUUUCUACUGUGCAGUUGCCUGUCCCUGCGAACUGUGGUUGGAAGGAUAAGCAGCCUAUCCUGCCACCGCCGGUUUCUAUUGUUAUUGAAAACAUCCUCCCCCGUCCUCUUGGUCAAAAGAUCAUGACUCGCUGCCUUAAUCAGAAUGCAGAGAUCAUCACAUUGUUUGCAGUGCGAAUCUUGACCCUUGCCUUCACUAAGCUGCGAGCUGUCCUCAAGAUUUUCCAAGCGGAUCACGGUCAAGGUCAGCUGUUCUGGAACCAGGCUUCUGCAAAGUUGCUUGCAGAGUUCUCCCGCCGGUGCCCUGCAGUCAAGGAUGUUGUGCUUCUCUUCCGCAGAACGGACAAAGAAGAUCUUACUCAGCAGGAGGCUGUCGCAGAGCUCUUGACCUGUUACUACGAAGUGAUGCCCGACAUUGCUCUGGAGGAGAACUUUGACGUCUCGCUGGUCUUGGUGGAUGUGCUCAAGCGAUUGGAAGCCCCUGACGUUAACGCAGAUGAUUCUGAGUCACUCUUGAGCCAACUGCAGAGCAUUCUCCAAAUUGCACAACAAUCCGCUUCAUUGCGUUGGUGGCAAAAGCCAGCAUCCAUGCAAUAUUCACCCUUCACCUCGAUUCUCAAGGUUCUCAUGGACACUUCGGAUAAGGACUCCUCGCGCCGUAUCUCCACUCUUCUUAGGACCGUUUUGGUUGAGAACUCUGUUUUGCAAAGCUCUCCCCACGCGUUUGCCUCUAUCUUGUCAAGCCUCGAGAAUUCCGAGGCUGAUGCUCUGCACCAGCAGCUGGUCUUCAUUGAUAACUGUGUCUCGCGUGUCGCCAAGAAGCCUGUGCAUUAUCUAGAUCUGCUAAGGUCAUUAUCGGAGGAUGAAUCUGGAACAUCUAGCGCCCUUGUUGCUGCUAUUGUUGAACAAUGGCCAUUCAUCGUCAAGAGCGGCGAUGCAUCCACAGAAGCCGCCGUUGGGGCUUGGGUCGCAAGUCUCCUGGGUAACCUGAAGCAAGCGGGUGAAAACACGAAAGUGCUCAAGGCCGCGCGUGAUGCGUUGGUAGAAGCAACGGAGACUAAAAAGAUCAGAUCUCUACUCAAGAAGUCCUUGAAGGAGACAGAUGAUGCCGAUAAUGAGGACAAGAUGGAUAUUGACUCUGAUUCGAAUAUUCCCAGUCAAUCCAACAAAGCCCCCACCGUUGACCUUGAUGAGAUCUUCGGCUUCCUGCCCACUGAAGGCACUACUCACAAUGCAUUGCACAAAUGGGAAAGGGAAGACAUCGAAGAAGCAGUAGACCAAGGCCACAUCGCCGAGUUGAUGCUCUGCCUAUGUUCUCAGCACGCAGAGGUGCGAAAACAGGCCUUCUCGGCCAUUAUUCGUUUCAUGGCCAAACUCAAGGAAUCCAAAUACGCAGAGUGGCGGACCGUGUUUACUCUCUGCGGAGAGCUUCUCGAGACAGUCAACAACAUUGGCAUGGAGAAGCCUGUUCCAUGGAUUGUUGGCGAGUGCGCUGCAAACUGUCUGGAAGUCCUCACCAAUCCGCUCAAUAAGGUGUACGGCAAAGUCAACAAGUUCCUGCAGAAAGCGCCAUUCUGGGAAGUGGAGAAGAUCCCAACAUACUGGGUUGACAAAAUCUUGCUGCACGAGCCUGAGUUGGAUGACGGGUAUUUCGACGAGAUUGAUUGGCUACUGAACCUAUUCAUCAAGGCACUCCGCACUGAGGCCGAUAUGGAGGUUUACCGCCGAGCCAAUGUCUUCGAGCGUAUUCUUUCUCUCUACCAGUCCCCGUCUCUCGGCCCUGCAGCUCGCCGAAAGAUCUUGCACAUUGUCUACCGCGCCGCCCAGGUCGGUGGCAGCACUACCCUGAUUACCCGUGCUGGUGUCAUCAGCUGGAUCCAGAUCCAAGCAGCAGAGGCGGGUGCGAAGGAGAUUGCUCAGCUUGCAGCCCUUGCACGUGCUUUAUAUGACACUUGUGAUCGGGAACGUGUUGAUAGCUGGAGCAAUGGGACUCUUGGGAAGGUUGUUGAUGAGAUCCAGGCCCAGGUUUGA